AGAAGAAGAAGAAGUAGAAGAAGAGGAAGAAGUAGAAGAAGAAGCAACAUGGGCAAAGGAGGGUGUGUGAAUGGAGAACUGGAUACAGCAUCGUAUGGUUCACCUGUUCCUUUGAUUGGCCUCUAUAUUGCAGCUGCAACAUUGGUAUGCUUCUUUUGCAUAACUUUUGAUUUAGUGAAUGGAUUAUUCAUUCGAAAGAAGCCAUUUGUACCAUGUAAAUUGUUCCCUAUGAACGCAUUCACCAUGACUGUGCUAGCACUAGCCACAAAACUCCCAGUUGAUCUCACAGCAUCUAUGCCUAGAGCAGAGGAUCAGCUCUCCAAGCUCACUGGAACUGCAUUGUUGUGCAUCUCACUUGGGUUUUAUAUGCCCUCAUUGGGGACAAUGGGCACAUCCGAGCGCUACGGCAACAUGGCAGCAUUGAGUGUGAUGGUGAUUACUAUGGUUGUUAAUGUCUGCAUACAAAUGCGCACAGGUGUGAUCUUUGCCUUCAUAGUAGAGCACAUCAUCAUUAUGUUCUGCAUCUUAAUAUUGCUUUUGUUGAUGUGGUCAUCUGCUAUAGCAUUUAGAGGCCAAAGUCGUGAAUGGACUACUUAUUAUACUAACUGUGGAAAGGGUCCUCAGGGAUUAAGAAAACUAUUGCUGAAGCUCCAUCUUCUCAACUAUACAGGCAACCCUCAAACAUUGUUAUGUGAAACUUCACAUCAUCACACUUUUGGCUUACUCUGUGCCCUUUCUUCCGCAGUUGUCUUACAAGCCAUGUUGAGAUCAUUUGUUCUGAAAAAUAUGAGGUUUUGCAGUGGUGUUUCUGACUACAGAUGGUCGAUUCCCAUUGUGAUUGUGGUCCAAUUUCUAACCAUUGUAGUGGGGACAUUUUCCAUUAUCUGUAGAUGGGUUUCUUUUGUCAGCCACUCUAACCAGGUUGCCCUCUGGGCUCAUAAAGAAUCAUAUUUUCCAGAACGAGAAUUGGAAUUUCUGAAGUUGAAUCUCUCUUUUAGGUUCCUCAGCAAAAACCUUUCUAAUGUCUUUCUAGUUGCCAAAGACUUCAUCAUGAAUGUGCUUAUACGCACCCAAAUCGCAUUGUAUACAUGCAGCAGUUUCUUGGUUGGGUACCCAAUUUACUUUGUUAAGGCAUUCUUGGGAAAAAUAGUUCCAUUUGAUCGUAUCUUCCAUGAGCACACAGAAGAUAUUGAUAGAAUGUUAGAAGAAAUGUCUACUUCUAUGUUUAGUUUAUCCUUCGAUGUAUUUUCAUCUCUACAGCACAAUGACACUUUCAUUCGUUGGAUAACUAACAUGGCCUUGAAAGACAUGAUUAGAUGGACAAAUACAUAUAAGAGGAACUGUCCAACUCAUUUUAUCCAAUUAAUAACUAACUGUUCAGCUUCUAAAUCAGAAUGUGCCCUCUUCAUAAAGAAAUUAGAAGCAAUUGGGAAUGAAGUUUUUGCAGGUGCCUAUGACUACAGAGUUUCGUGUGUAUCAGUGUUGGUCCUUUCAGGAAUGCUUGCAGAAUUGAUGCCAACUUCACGUAGGGAAUCUCUAAUGUACAGCUUAGAUGAAUCCUUUGAAAUCAUUUAUUUUGUCGACCAAAAGACUGAUACUCCCAGCAUGAUAGAUGAAGUAAGAUGGAGGUCAAUAAAAGAUGUAUGGGCGCAAUGGGAAAAUCCCAACCAUUGGUUCCGAACUAUCAUCUCGCAGGCAUUCAAGAAAAAAUUUAAGGGACCCGAGUUUGAGCAACAUGAUGCCCGUGGCGUUCUUAGGGACGCUCUCGACGCUAUGGAAGAAUACCUUAGAGAUUGUCUAAGGGCUUCUAAUAGUAGAGGAGAAGCUAAUUCGUUUGCUGGAACUCAGCUGUAUUGGAUUGGAGCUGAAUUUUUUGUCAUUUCUAAAUUUUUAAGGGCUCAGGAAUAUGAAUCAGAUAAGGAUUUAUUUGAUUUCUUAGAGAAGUGUUUUGUACAGAUGCUCUGUUUUACCCUCUUCAGUCUCCCACUGGCUAUACUAAAAGAGAUUGGUGGAGAUGAUCCAACUAGAAUAGGUGAAGGAAGAGUGAGAAAAGCUUUGAAGUUCUUUUGUAAACUUGAGAUGUUAAAGGACACAAUCGAAUGGGCAUGGCCAGCUGAAUUUGACCCUGAAAGCCAACCAAAUGAUGACCUCUCUCCUGCAGUGGUUACUGACUCUCCUUCAGAAGUUGAGCCUAAGGUUUCAAAUCUUGUUGACAGAGAGAUUGGGAAUAGUGAUGCUUCCUUCGUUAUUGCUACUGCCGAUGAUGAUGAUGAUACAAUUAAAGAAGUUGGAUCUAAUGAGAUUCUUUAA